UUCGACAAUGGGAAAGAAACGAGUGAUCGCAUCAGCAAGCAUAAACAUGCGGAAAUAUGCUAGUGAAUUACCUACCCAACAAUCAUUUACGCUUAGCCUGAAACCAGUAACCCGAAAAAUUACGUCCGCAGACUUAGAACUUACCUUAAGUUGUGUAUUUUUAAGAGAAGGAAAAGCCACUGACGAGGACAUGCAAAGUGUUGUGUCACUGAUGUCAGUCAAUAAUAAUUCAGACAUUGCACCACUAGACGAUCUGGAAGAAUUUACAGAUUUAGAAAGCACCGGAGAUAUAUCGGAGCAUGUGUUAGACUUCACGGCUCAACUGGAACAACUUACGAACAGCUUGACUGGAUCAGAAUUAGCUACACCGAUGAGUGUUCCAUCACUGACCGAAGACCCAACGCCAAUCUGUGAAAACCCUUACUAUCCCGAACUGGACAACGAUCGGUUCGCACAAACAGUUUCGCCGAAAAGUGAAAUGAAGACCUCCGCCAUUCAAUCAGCCGUAACAACGAACGAACCGACGGCCACUCCAUUUGCUACCGUUCCCAUUCGAAGUCAAUUCCAACCAAUAAAAAUUGAAACGAAACCUACAGCCACAGAGGUCGUCAUUGAAAAGGUCGAGGAGAAACCCAUUUCAAUUGUCGACCAACGUGAGCAACAAAGUCUGAAAAAGGAACCUACACUGGAGACACAGAAAAAUUUCAAAAAUUUGGAGAAAUCACAGCUGCUACUGAACGACAAGAAAGAAAUUAAAGAAACGAAUGGUCGAGAUGCACCGGCUGCAGUACUGACAAAUGAAAAUCGCGAUAGGAUACGAAUGGAACUGCAGCCACUGAAUUUGAAGAAGAAUUACGACAAUCAACCGGAGAAUUUGAAUGCAAAUAAAGUUGUGGGGAAGACUGCCACGAAAGACCGGACACCAGGGCAAGAUUUACUGGAAUGGUGCAAGGAUGUGACACGGGACUAUCCCGGCGUCAAAGUAACUAAUUUAACGACAAGUUGGAGAAAUGGAAUGGCUUUCUGUGCUGUGAUACAUUCGUUUCGACCUGAUUUAAUUGACAUGGAUUCUCUUUCACCGCACGAUGUCGUUUCGAAUUGUCGAACGGCUUUCGAUGCGGCCGAAACGUUAGGAAUUCCUCGCGUAAUUGAACCUCGUGAUAUGAGCCUAUUAGCAGUUCCCGACAAACUUGCCGUCAUGACAUAUCUCUAUCAGUUGAGAGCUCACUUCACCGGCCAUCAACUGCAAAUCGAACAGAUCGGCAGCACGUCUGACGAGUCGUCAUACAUUAUCGGAAACUACAAAACGGAUAACCUGCCCUCGCAUAACGUAAUGAAACUGGACCAUCUGAAACUUCAACUGAAUCACCAAAUUUCUAUCGACGACGAUGACGGUGGCCAGAAAUCACCGACGGAAAAACGGGACGUCAAAAAUCUCAUACUUUCCGGUUCGAAGCAUUUGCUGGGCAAGGUUCUGUCACCGAGCAAAGAACGAAAUACCGUUGUACCUACACCAGUCGGCAAUGAUGCCGUUCCGAAGGAGAAACCAAUGCUGAUGACACGGCGUGAAUUGACCGACCCGUUCGGUUCCGAUGACGAUGAGGACGAUAAACCGAAUUUCUCGUCGGCGGUGCAAGACGAAUCGAAGAACAGUUCCAAUAGGGAUGUUGUGGAAUCGUCAACACCGACCAUUGAUCCAAUAACAGCCAAUAAAUUGCUUUCACGUCACAAAGAAAUGAGCGCAAAAGCCAAGGCUAUGAUGGAACGUCUUAAUAAUAAGAGCAAUGCAGCGCUUGAUAACGGCAAAGCAGAUUUAGAUGUAAAUAACACAAGAUUUUCAGUUGAUUUUGUUUGGUUUUGUAACAAAAAAAAAAUUUUUUUUUGCAUUUUAUUUCCGCCCUCCUUUGUUUCAUCAUUCGUGUCAUCUCGUCCAUCAAUUUCAACACUGUUUCUGUAUUCUGUACAUACAUCCGACGAAUCACACGAACAACAAAAAAAAAUACAGGAAGAGCGUCAGGCUCGUCUCCGUGAACAUGCCCGACGCCUAAUCGCCGAAACCCGUGCCAAAUCACACAACAUCGAAUCGCCCACAUCUCCGAUCAAACUGAUCACUCACAGGAUAACAUUGUCUCCCGAACGUACAAUAUCGCCGAUUAACACGACCGAUGGAUUCUUCCCCCGGCCGACCAACAAAGACGGUUCGCCGGUGAAACAAUCGAAUUCGCCGCGAAUAACACCGCCACGGGAUAUGAUCAAAAAUGGCCUGAACGAAUCGGACAACAAUAAACGAACCAGUCCGAGCAAACGGAAUGAAAGGAACGGCAAUUCGCCGUUGCAAAGUUUCAAUUCGGUUUUAGACAGAAUCUCACCGCAACGGGAAAAGAAGUUGGAUCAAAUGUCCUACAUCGAAAGUGAAUUGGAAGCGCUCGAGCGUGAACAAGAAUCCAUUGAUUUGAAGGCCAGCGCACUGGAGAAGAAGCUGCGCAGUGUUAUGGGAGGCAUAAUCGAUAAUCCAGAUGAGACAGAAGAGCAACUACUGUCGCAAUGGUUCACUCUAGUCAACAAGAAAAAUGCAUUGCUGCGGCGACAGAUGCAGUUAAAUAUAUUGGAACAAGAAAACGAUCUUGAACGCAAAUACGCUCUUCUUAAUCGCGAAUUAAGAGCAGCUCUAUCCGUUGAAGAUUGGCGUAAGUCGGAAGCACAAAGAGAACGUGAAACGUUACUGCUGGCUGAACUAGUGGCUAUCGUUGACAAGCGUAAUGAAUUGGUACAACAUUUGCACAGUCAGGAACAAGCUAUUGAAGAUGACGACGAAAUUGAACGUGACUUGGAGCACGUCGACAUAACAGCCAAGGAUAAAUGUGUGAUUCAGUAGAAACGAAGCUGUUCGGUCCGUCUAUAUCCACAGCAAGGACGAUCAACAAUUAGUUUUUCUGCACCAUAGCCGACGAGACUAUGAACCAAUAAAUGAAAUUGUCUCGUCGGGAUUAAGAGCAAGAAAAACUCCAAAACAGAAGGAUGAACCGAAAAUCAAUUCCACAACCAAAAAAAAUGAAAAUCCAGAAAAGGAAACAAAACAAAAAAAAUUAUUUAUCGCGUCCGUAGAGUAAGACUAAGAAACAAAACCCAACUGACUAAAGAAGU